AUGUCGAAACAGCACCUUGUCAUAGAUAACGGGGCAUAUAAUAUCAAGGCUGGUUUUAACACCGGUGAGGAUUCGGAUGUGCGGCCAACCAAAGUUCAGAAUGCAUUGACCAAAACCAAAGAUGGAGCUAUACAUGUUGGAAAUCAGUAUCAAGCACAAACAAACAACUACUCGGGAAUCGUGUUCAGAAGGGCGUAUGACCAGGGCAAUCUCACUUCGUGGGAAACAGAAAAGCCCGUGUGGGAUUACACGUUUGAUGAAUUGUCACCGAAAAAAAUAUUUGAUCCUUCUAUCACCCAUUUGACAUUAAUUGAAAGUCCAUUUCAACUUCCACAAUUAUCUACAAAUACUGAUCAAAUUGUAUUUGAAGAAUAUGGAUUCAACGAAUAUUAUCGUUGUACGCCAGCAUCAUUGGUUCCGUGGGUGGACUUUGGGAAUAAGUCGAACAACGACUUCAUGUUAGUAAUAGACAGUGGGUUCACAGCUACAUGGAUAGUUCCUGUGAUCUACAAGAGUGUUCAUUGGGAAGGUGUACGAAAGCUUCCUGUAGCAGGAAAAGUUCUCAACGGACUUUUGCGGGAAUUGAUAUCGUAUAGACACUACGAUAUAACGGAUGAACCGAUCUUAAUCAAUACAAUCAAGGAGGAAACUUGCUUUAUAGCACAAGAUUUUUACAAGGCAUUGAACUCCAGGCAAAAGUUGCAAUGUGAAUUUGUAUUGCCAGACUUCAAAACAACUACUACUGGUUAUGUACGCAAGCCCAAAGAUACAAUUUCACCUGACGCCCAACUUUUACGGUUGAUGGAUGAACGUUUCUCAGUUCCAGAAGCAUACUAUCACCCGGAAAUCAUCACGUUGGUGCAGAAUACUCCUUUGAAAAACCUCACCGACUUGGUGGUUGAGUCCAUAAUGGCAUGUCCCGAAGUUGCUAGACCGUUAUUGCUGGCUAAUAUCAGUCUCGUGGGAGGAUCUACUAGUCUACCCAACUUCAAGUCUAGACUCUUACUGGAGUUGACAAAGGAGCUUCCUCUGGAUUGGCUUGUCAAAGUUGUGGAAGCUAAGGGUGUAGAAAGAGAUGAAGUCAGUUGGCGUGGAGGCAUCAAUUUGACCAAUGACGACGUCAUAUCAGACAUUACAAUCUCUAAGAAAGAAUAUUUUGAGCACGGUUCGAACUGGUGCCAGAAACAGUUCGGUUUUAAGAAUGUAUAA